AUGGAAGGAUUUUCCACGUUAGAGGACUCCACGAAGAGCUCGGUGCUGUGGCGCCUUUGCUCUCUCUGUCCAGUUCCACUGAAAGUGCUGCUGUUCCAGAAGCAAAGAGAACCACCCAGCUUCCCAUGUGAAAUGGACACAGAGCUGGACCGAAUUAGCAGCUUGCCUGGGCAUGUUUUAGACCAAAUUUUAUCAGUUUUGCCGAUUAGAGAUGCAGUGAGAACUAGUGCUUUAUCAAGAAAGUGGAGGUACCAGUGGUCUCAAAUUCCUCAUCUUGUGUUCGAUACUCAAUGCGCCUCGAUAACUUCACAGGAUCAAACUAUAUUCAAGAAAAACCUUGUCAAUAUUAUCAAUAAUGUGCUUUUACUUCACAAUGGUCCAAUUUACAAGUUCAAACUAUCUCACCGUGACCUCUUAGGUGUUAGUGAUAUUGAUCGAUGGAUUCUUCAUUUAUCUAGAGGUUCUACCAAGGAAUUUGUACUUGAGAUAUGGAAAGGGGAGCGUUAUAAGUUGCCUUCUUGUUUGUUCUCGUUUGAGAACUUGACUCAUCUGGAAUUAUUUAAUUGUUUGCUGAAACCUCCUUCGGCUUUCAAAGGAUUCCGGAAUUUGAAGAGCCUUGACCUUCAGCAUGUUACCCUGGCACAGGAGGUGUUUGAGAAUCUAAUUUCUAGCUGUGCUCUGCUUGAGAGGUUGACGUUGAUGAACUUUGAUGGUUUUACUCAUCUUAAAAUCAAUGCUCCCAAUCUUCAAUUUUUUGACAUUGGAGGUAUUUUCGAUGAUGUUAGUUUCGAGAAUACUUCUCUGUUGACUCUGGUUUCCAUUGGAUUGUAUGCGAAUGUCAAAAAUGACCGGCAUGUGUCUCGUGGGAGUUCUAGUAAAUUGCUCAGGUUUUUUGUUAAUCUGCCCCAUCUUCGAAGGCUUGAGAUUCAGAGUUACUUUAUUAAGUAUUUGGCUAUCAGCAAAGUUCCAAGCAGGUUGCCAAAACCAUGCAUGGAUUUGAACUACAUUUCUAUACGCAUAAAUUUCAAUGACUUCGAAGAGAAUUCUGCUGCCUUGUGCAUCUUGAAAAGCUGCCCCAAUUUGCAAGAAAUAGAGAUGUUGGGUCGCCCAGAGGAACAAGCUGAUGUGGAACCACAAACUGGUUUCUGGGGAGAUGGCCAAUGGAAGUGCCUAUUUGGCCAACUGCGACUAGUGAAAAUAGUUGGCAUCUCAGGCAUCAGAUCUGAACUUGAUUGCAUUAAGUUUCUGCUUUCAAACUCUCCUGUGCUUGAGCAGAUGACUGUUAAGCCUGCUUCCAUCGAGGGGGGAUGGGAGUUGGUAAAAGAAUUGCUGCGCUUUCGGCGAGCCUCAAUACAAGCAGAAGUCAUUUAUCUGGAGCCAUAACUAUGAACUGUGGGAGUUGGGCAGGCACUGUUACUGAAAAAUACUUCCCAUCUAAAUGUAAAUAGAAAAUAAACCUUUUCUGUGUCUGCACCAUCCAUUUAUGUUUUGAUUAAAACACUGGCCUGUUACAAUUAGCAAGUUGUUAUUAUAUAUUAAUCUGAAAUCAUGUGCUUGAGUGCAUGACUUAGCUUCUGGUUUUUGCUGCCA